UCAUUCCGCCGUCAGUUUUCUGAGCACUAUCGGAACAGCAAGUCCCCUGUAAUCCCGUGUUUAACGCUCAUCAUCCGACAACAUGUGUGACGAGGAUAAUCCAGCUUUGGUAGUAGACAAUGGCUCCGGCAUGUGCAAGGCCGGUUUCGCCGGAGAUGAUGCUCCAAGAGCUGUCUUCCCAUCCAUCGUUGGUAGACCCCGUCACCAGGGUGUCAUGGUCGGUAUGGGACAAAAAGACGCAUACGUCGGAGAUGAGGCCCAGAGCAAGAGAGGUAUCCUGACCCUGAAGUACCCCAUUGAGCACGGUAUCGUCACAAACUGGGACGAUAUGGAGAAGAUCUGGCAUCACACCUUCUACAACGAGCUCCGUGUUGCCCCAGAGGAGCACCCAGUACUUCUGUCUGAAGCUCCCCUCAACCCCAAGGCCAACAGGGAAAAGAUGACACAGAUCAUGUUCGAGACCUUUAACAGCCCCGCCAUGUACGUCGCCAUCCAGGCUGUCCUGUCUCUAUACGCCUCCGGUCGUACCACUGGUAUUGUGCUGGACAUUGGUGAUGGUGUCACCCAUACCGUCCCAAUCUACGAGGGUUACGCUCUCCCCCACGCCAUCAUCCGUAUUGACUUGGCUGGUCGCGAUCUUACUGAUUACCUCAUGAAGAUCUUGACCGAGCGUGGUUACUCAUUCACCACCACGGCCGAGAGAGAGAUCGUUCGUGACAUCAAGGAGAAGCUGUGCUACGUCGCCCUUGACUUCGAGCAGGAGAUGGCCACCGCCGCUUCAUCCAGCUCCCUGGAGAAGAGCUACGAGUUGCCCGACGGUCAGGUUAUCACCAUCGGUAACGAGAGGUUCAGGUGCCCAGAGUCUCUGUUCCAGCCCGCCUUCUUGGGUAUGGAGUCUGCUGGUAUCCACGAGUCAACAUUCAACAGCAUCAUGAAGUGCGACGUCGACAUCAGGAAGGACUUGUACGCCAACACCGUCAUGUCUGGUGGCACCACCAUGUACCCAGGUAUUGCCGACCGUAUGCAGAAGGAAAUCACCGCCCUUGCCCCAAGCACAAUGAAGAUCAAGAUCAUUGCUCCACCAGAGAGGAAAUACUCCGUAUGGAUCGGUGGCUCCAUCCUUGCAUCUCUGUCCACCUUCCAACAGAUGUGGAUCAGCAAGCAAGAAUACGACGAAUCUGGCCCAUCCAUCGUCCACAGGAAGUGCUUCUAAAUGUUCAAACACGAACUUUGGGAAGAAGAGGAGGACCGUGUUAUCGAGGACUUCGGGGUAAAACUCGGGUUUUUGGUAAUUGAAGGUGCAAUGACUCUGAUGCCGAAGUGCUUGUAUUAUUUCGGGAAGUACAAGGAUGAUUAUCCUUCGAACACUCUUUUAGGCUCUUAAAAGGCGUGGUCGUCAUCUGAUAAUAUUUUAAGUUCAAUAACCUGUGAUAUUAUGUUUCACAAAAUUUCGCUUGCUCGGAAAACUCGAACCACUGUAGCAACUGACACGGGACAUUAAUUUGAUGGUAGAGUACUAGUUUCUCGAAUAUUGAAUUGAUAUAGGGGACAACGCUGUCGAUUUUUUGAUACUACUAUCUUUUUACCAUUAUAUAGAUUAUCCGAAAGUUGAACAUGCUAAACGGAUCAACUUACCUUUGUUUUCUCACUUCAUGAUGACGAAAUUGUUUCAUUCAGUUGGAAAUAGUGAUAUCUUUGAUAAUAAAAUUGAUGUACCAACAGUACAAAUUUGGUUGUAAAUUGCAUUCUUUAAGUAAAACAGGCAGAAAUAAUAAAAUAAAGUCAUCAUUUUCCCAAA